CAGUUUAAUGUGAUACCGUCGCCUCGUUCGGACGUGUUUUUCGCGUUGGUCCUCGCGUAGCGAUUUUUCCCAAGGCGGUUCCGUCAGUGUGUGCAUCAGCUGUGCUGUGUGCUGAGGAAGUCUGAGUUUCACAGGCACAGCGUAUCGAGAAUACGCGUAGGCGUCCAAAGCCGUGCCGUGCCGUUGAAGGUCUCUACCGAGUCACAGCUUCCAGGCGUAAAUCGACACAAAUUUUCAAACGUUUUUUUUUGCCUUUAAAACGUGAAGGAACACCCUUUCGAGGUGCCGGGCAUCUAGAGAACCGGUGCACACGGAUCACGCGUCACGAUGGGGGUGAUGUUUUAGGUUGAAGAAAAGAAGAAAAGAAAAAAAAAUAAUAAAAACGAAAAAAUUGUGCGUGUGAGUGUGUGUGUUGCCAAUUUGCAUUAAACAUAUUUUUGAUCAGCAAAAGUGCGGCCUGCUACGAUGCGGGCGGAUAAAAAGGUGUCCGUAAAGAAGUUGAAAAUAUGAGUUUCGAGAUGAGAACUCGUUUCGAAACGUGAUUUUGUGUAGGUGUGUGUAUUCGAGGGUGAAAAAUCUUGCGUCCGCAGUGAAAGCCAUCUGCCAGUGACUAAGAAGAUCAAAAGCAAGAAUCAGCUUGGAUAUUAAAGAACACGAGAGAAAGCGAAACGAAACGAAACGAAACGAAACGAAACGAAAACCGUGGUAGCAACGGUGGAUGUCAAAGUUGCUGGAAAAAGACGCCAGGAUAGCACACGGUUCAUAUCUAAGGAGACUUCAAAUAGGCCUUAUCAUCAAUCAAUCGUGGUUUUGAAGGGCAGUGUUUUCAACGAUCAGCUAGUUUUUUUCUCGGUGCCAAAUUAAAAACAUAAACCGGUAAACAGAACAUUCUAAUGAGUGUGAGGCUAAUUUAAAAACAUCCAAAAUAAAGUGACGCAGUUUUCGAUUAAAUUUCCUUCCAAUCAGUCUAUUUUUCAACCGUGACACUCCACCGUCACCGUCAGUAGUCUUCGGAGAAAACAAGUGCACCAAAAAUAGAACCUACACGUGUGUGCGUAAUUAUGGAAAGUGAUUAGCCUGAAACGAAGUAAUUAUUUCACCACCACCACCCCGCGUAAGACUUACGCCGGGGAUGUGAGAAAAAGAAAUAAAAAAGUUUCGUUAAAUAUGUUUUCCUGUGAAGCAGGUAGAUUUUCCCAGAGACAAACCCCGCCAAAGUUAGUCCGCUUAAACGCUCUGUAAGAAACAACCGGCCUUGGAAAAAGUUUGGUGACGACGGAAAAAGUGUGGUUGGAGAUUUAAUUCAAAACAAACAUCCCGGACGGAGCGGAUGCGGAGCCACUUUCGCGGAACUUGAAGCUUAAAGAGACUGUGCGGGAAAGUUGACACUCCACCUUCGAAUAGGAAGUUAGUUGAACUGUGAUCAAGCGGGACGCGGGAAACAAGAGGAUUAACGGAACAAAGGCCACCCAAAUGUCGAAUGCAUGAAACAUAAUGGAUUACCUGGGCAACUUAAAAUGGACCUCUACAGACGAUUGAAGGUCUUCCCGGUCGUCGCCUUAACAUGGGUAUGCUGGGCUGCAAUAUGCUGUGUUAAUUUGACGGAGGCGAGAAUUGGAUACUUCUGGCACAUAACGGAUUUACAUUUCGACUCGUACUACACUACCAAGGGAGAUAUCUUCCGAAGUUGUUGGUACAACGAGCAUCACUCCGGCACGAGUAACAUCAAGCGGCCGGGGACAUUCGGAGACUACAUGUGCGACAGUCCAUGGAGUCUGCUGGAAUCGGCCACCCAAGCGAUGAAAUCCAAGCAGGGCGAUAACGUCGAGUUUGUCCUGUGGACCGGCGAUGGCUUAUCACACUCGGCUAAGCGGCUGCACGAGACGAGCCGGCUGGAGCUGCUGCGGAACAUCACCGAACUGAUGAGUCGCACCUUUCCGUCGCAGUUUGUCUUUCCGGUGCUCGGCCACGAGGACGGCAGCCCGAACUUUGUGCAGCUGGGCGAACUGUGGCGCCACUGGCUCCCAUCCGAGGCGCUACAAACAUUCGAGAAAGGCGGUUACUACACCAUCGAGCAGACCAAAAGCCGUCUGCGGAUAAUAGCUUUAAAUACCAACUACAUGCGCCACGACGCCAAAUAUUCGCAGUCGCAUUCGUCGGCGGUGAAGCAGAGACCGGAUGGUUCGAUCCAUUACACCGGCGGAAUCGGUCACGGUUACGAUCGGGACCAUCACAUGGGGCUCGGUAAGCACUACCAUCGGGGCUACAGUGCCCCCGGUGGUGUGGGGAGCCCCGGCGGUUAUCCUGUGUACAGUGAUAGAAGGAAUAGCUAUAGCAGCAGUAGUAUCGUAGAUGGCAGCAGCAGCGGCAGCAGCAGUAGCAGCAUUAGUGGAAGUAGUAGCAGUAGCAACGGUGGCCACGUCAGUGCAUUAUCGGGAUCAAGCAGCCACGAGUCGGAGAAGCAGUGGGAGUGGCUCGAGGAUGUGCUCGCGAAAUCCAGUAGGAAUAAAGAAACUGUAUAUAUAGUAGGACACAUACCACCAGGAUCGGACGAGCGUCACAUUGGCCACUCGAUGCCGUACGGGCACACGAGCUUCACCGAGAAAAACAACCUGCGCUAUCUGCGGCUGGUGAAAAAGUACUCGUCGAUAAUUCAGGGACAGUUUUUCGGCCACCUACACUCGGACUCGUUCCGGGUCGUCUACAGUGACAAUGGCAAACCGGUCUCGUGGAUGAUGAUUGCCCCCUCGAUAAGCCCACGACGAAUGGCCGAGUCGAACAACCCGGCGAUGAGGUUGUACAAAUUUGACACCGACACUGGACAGGUCCUGGACUACACUCAAUAUUAUCUGGAUCUGGCGCAAGCCAACCUACAGGAGGAAGCGGUCUGGGUCCCGGAAUAUAACCUAACAACUUACUACUACGGCCUGGGAGAGGUUUCGUCGGUGGCCCUGCACAACUUGGCCGAUCGAUUCACCAACGCGGACGACACACAGUUUAUGAAAUACUACCGGGCCAACUCGGUCCGCCACUCGACGCAGUCCUGCGAGGGGGUCUGCCUGCUCAAUCACUACUGUGCCAUAACGCGACUGGACUACCGUGAGUUCCGCAGCUGCCUGGAGACGGCCGCCAAGGCAAUGGCUUCCAAGAACGGUUCGGCCGGAACCGGCGCUAUCGGUAUCGUUCUGCUAAUGGCACUACUUUCCCUGCUCAUCGGUGAUCGCACAUCGGUCACCCGUCGUGGACUUUUGUGGUAUGCCGCCGUUCGUGAUUUGGCCUCGCUGAUCAUCACUUUUGUCAUUUCUGUGCUGUUCAUUUGGCCACCGAAGGUUCGUCGCUUGCUAACCGAAACCCUGCAGUCACCGCUGAUUUAGACCACACCACCGCAUCAUUAUUGAACCUCCCCCCUCCCCCCGUUCGUGUCCGUGUGUGUAAGUGUUUUCUUUUUAUUUUACAUCCCCCCCCACACCCCACUUGUGUGUAGUGUUACUAAUGUACGCGAUAGAGUGCGAAGCAUUAUUAUUGAGAGGAAAAUAUUUUACGUAUUCAUUUAAUUUAUUGAUUUCUGUGCCCUGUUCUGUCGGUUCACUUCAUCUCGAAUAGCAAAUUACUGUGCGGAAGCAACCCGAUCCCAGUGGGAACACGAGAAAAAUAUCCGGAAAGCCCCACGGAUUGGAGGAGGUGAAAAAACGAACAAUAUAGAACCAGUGCUUUUGUGGUUUCGUGUCCAUAGCACCUAGCCAACCAAAGUGGUGGCCAGGUGGAAACAAAAACCAAAAACAAAAAAAAAAACGCCACGUUACCGGUCACUGGUAAAUUUAAACAAAUGUAUGCUAGCAAAUUAUUUUUUGUGUAAACGAUAACAGAAUAUGCCUGGUAGCCAGCAGCAGUAAAAAAAAACGAGGAGGGAUUACUGCGGCCUCGCUGCUAUUAGCGAUGGUGGUUUUUUGUUGUUGUUGGUCCUGUUGUUAUUCGGUAGGGAUUUGGGAUGGUUGCAUGCGCUUGCAGUAGUAGCAGCAGCAGAAGCGCGGUGAAAGUGCCUCUGCAAUGAUGAUGUUGAUGCUCCUGUUCUGUUGACCGGUUAUUCCAUGAGGGGUUACACGGAGGGGCUGUGUGAGUCUGAUCAACAACAUCGCCGCCAUGGCUUCGCCAGUCGAAUUCGAACCAAGUCAACAUCCAUCGAGCGAAACCCUUCAAACCCUUGCACAACCCCGCCACCGGAACUGAACCGAAUGAAGCCGCUACGAAUUUCUGUUUACCUCCUGUAAUUGGGAUGUUGGUUCUCAUGGGGGGGUUAUUUUCCAGCAUCAUCAUCAUCAUCAUCGUCGUCAUGAGGAAUGAGCAGAGCAAAAAAAAAACACGAACCCUGAAAACUGAUAUGUUAUUUCAUCCCCGACAUGUGCGAUUUUUUUUGUGUGCCGCUACCUCUGCCUCUCCGGAAAAGUGAGAAGAUUAUCCAGUCAGAAAGUUGAAACGGCACGAUUCCGGAGAAUCGUUGCGUUGAAUAAUGCAAUUAUGUGGGAGGGAUUUAACGUGGGCGGUGGAACAAAAGCAGCGUCACUCGGCUUUGAAUUCAGGUUUUAAUUACAAUUUGGAAUCGGAGAACCCCGUCUGCAGCUUUCCGGCAGAAACGGGAAAAAGCAAUUUUGAAUUAUUUGCAGAAGGUGCCAACGGAGCUUGUUCAUCUUCAAGCAUCGAAAGGAUUGAGUUUUUUUUUCGUUCGUCUUGAAUUCGAACUCACAGUAACUCACAAACGCGGACCGAUAAAUCAGGCCCCCAACUCCCCGUGCGCUGGGGGGAAAAUCCUCUGCACUGGAAAAGAUUCCAUCUUCCGCCAAAUUGAACCGAAAUUAAAUCCGUUUUUUCGGUGGCCCAAAAUUAAAAGCACUGCCAUUAAGAUUUAUCCCGGGAACUGACCGAGGAAAAAGCUGGGCUCAGUCCAUUUCGAAGUAGCACCGAAGUAAAGUAAGGGGGUAUAAAUCUUGCGAAUGGCUUUUCGGUUCCAAACCCCCGGACUAAGGCUACGAGAGCAAAAAAAAGAACUAAACUCAUAGAAUCAUCAGUUUGCGCCAAUGAAAAAGUUGACCGGCGAGUUGUGUCCGCAGUAAUCCCCCCCCCCCUGGUUCUACCCAAGGAAAGAAGUAAGCGUAUCGAGCCGGAAUUAAAGCGACAAAAGAAAAUUGGUUCCACUGGAACCGGAGCAAAACUAGUUGAUUCAACAUUUUCAUUACUUUUUUUUUCUUGCUAAACGAGGGAAUUUAAUGUGAUAAAACUGAUUGAUCGCAAGCGCAAAAGUUAAAUGAUGUGGAGCAAACGCGAAAAGGGGAAAAUUUAUGAUAAUGGUCGGUCAGCGUGUGUAACAGCGUUUGCAUUGUAAAUACACUCUCUCUGUCUACAGAAAGACCCCAUCAACGCAGAGCAGAAUCGAAUCGCCGUAAAGCCACGUGACGUCGGAACUAGCCGGAUUCACGCAGAUGCUAACAGAUGCAGCAACAUAAUUUACUAUAACGCUAAGUGUUUUAUGUUUCGAAGGCCUCCGGCUAUGGGAAAAAUAUGCAAAAUUCAAGUUUCAAAUUGUAAAUCUAACUGCUUAGGUAAGGUUAAGAAAAUGUGUAUAAAUUUAACAGGAAGCCCGAUUUUAUCUGCUGGUUUGUGUUUGGUUCAAAAGAUAGAGAGCGAGAGAGAGAAAGAGUAAGAAAUAGAAAAAAAAGGGAUACUGAA